UGCAGACUCCGCCGGCCCGGCUCGCCCGAGCUCGCCCGCUGCUCGCCAGCCCGGGAGCGGGAGGAGAGAAUUCGAACGCUUCCGCGGUUGGCUACUCAGUAUCGUGGUUGCCUCAUUGCGGCUGGCGUUCCUUAUACAGACACAUCGUUUCUUUGUAAUACUUCCAAAGAAACGGAAUAACCUUCAAGCUGGCGGGAGCAAUGGUUCACAUAAAGAAAGGCGAGCUGACCCAGGAGGAAAAGGAGCUGCUGGAAGUCAUCGGGAAAGGUACUGUCCAAGAAGCUGGAACGCUGUUAGCCAGCAAGAAUGUUCGUGUCAACUGUUUGGAUGAGAAUGGAAUGACUCCGCUAAUGCAUGCCGCAUAUAAAGGAAAACUUGAUAUGUGCAAAUUACUUUUACGACACGGAGCUGACGUAAAUUGUCAUCAGCAUGAACAUGGAUACACAGCCCUCAUGUUUGCUGCACUUUCUGGUAAUAAAGACAUCACGUGGGUAAUGUUGGAAGCUGGUGCCGAGACAGAUGUUGUCAACUCCGUAGGAAGGACAGCAGCUCAGAUGGCAGCCUUUGUGGGUCAACAUGAUUGUGUGACUAUCAUCAACAAUUUCUUUCCUCGAGAGAGACUGGAUUAUUACACUAAACCCCAGGGAUUGGAUAAAGAGCCGAAACUGCCCCCAAAGUUGGCGGGCCCACUGCACAAAAUUAUCACCACAACAAAUCUUCAUCCUGUCAAGAUUGUGAUGCUUAUAAAUGAGAAUCCUCUGCUGGCAGAAGAAGCAGCUCUGAAUAAAUGCUACAAGGUGAUGGAUUUGAUUUGUGAGAAAUGUAUGAAGCAAAGAGACAUGAAUGAAGUCUUGGCUAUGAAAAUGCAUUACAUCAGCUGUAUCUUUCAGAAAUGCAUUAACUUCUUAAAAGAUGGAGAGAAUAAACUGGAUACUCUGAUCAAAAGCUUGUUAAAAGGCCGAGCUUCUGAUGGCUUUCCGAUAUAUCAAGAAAAGAUCAUUAGAGAAAGUAUCAGAAAAUUUCCUUACUGUGAAGCUACCCUCCUCCAGCAGCUGGUGCGAAGCAUUGCUCCGGUGGAAAUUGGUUCCGAUCCCACUGCAUUCUCUGUACUUACCCAAGCCAUCACUGGUCAGGUGGGUUUUGUGGAUGUUGAAUUUUGCACUACCUGUGGAGAAAAGGGAGCAAGUAAAAGAUGCUCAGUAUGCAAAAUGGUAAUAUAUUGUGAUCAAACCUGCCAGAAAACACACUGGUUUGCACAUAAGAAAAUCUGUAAGAAUCUCAAGGACAUUUAUGAGAAGCAACAAUUGGAAGCUGCCAAAGAAAAGAGUGAAGAGGAGAACAAUGGCAAACUCGAUGUCAAUUCUAAUUGUGUUAAUGAAGAGCAGCCAGAGGUGGAAACAGGAAUCUGCCAAGAGGAUUGCGGUCCUAAAGAUUCUACGGAAGGGGACAAGGAAUCUCUUCAGAGUGAUGCUGGCUUGGAAUGCUUACAGGAUGCUCCUGCAGGUCCACAGGCAUCUGAGGAGUAAAAGGCAGAGCAGUGCCAACAUGAUGGUCCUCCCCCUGGCAGGUAGCUGGAAAACUCAUGUGACUGUGUCCUCAUUGCCUUGUGACACCUGCAUGGCACUGUGGCAAGAUUUCAUAGAAGAGAGGCUUUCCAGCAAAGCUCUGUCCACCAUGCCCUCAUUUCCUCCUGAUUUCUGUUCUAGAGUUGGACAGAUAUUCCUAGGGAAAAACGUAUUUUUCAAAAUAUGGGAGAAAUAUUUCUUUUUCUCUUUUUUUUUAAGGAAGAUUGGCCCAGAGCUAACACCUGUUGCCAAUCUUCCUCUUUUUUUUCCCCUCCCCAAAGCCCCAGUACAUAGUUGUAUAUUCUAGUUUAAAUCCUAGUUCUUCUAUGUGGGAUGCCACCACAGAAUGGCUUGAUGCUGUGAUGUGUAGGUCUGUGCCCAGGAUCCAAGCCAGCAAACCCUGGGACCCUGAAGUGGAUCAUGCCAACUCAACCACUAUGCCACCAGGCUGGUCCUAGGAGAAACGUUUCUAUUCCCUUUCUGAACUCAGCUUUCCAGCAGUUGUUCUCAGAGGAAAAUAAAUUCCCUGAAAGAAGAAAUACAAGCUGUAGAAAACAAAGGGGCAAGGAGAACAGGUGUAGAAGAGAGGAGAUUUUCAGGAAAGAAAAAGUUUAUAGCCACAGAGAUGGGUAGUUAAAAGAAUCAUAAGUUAUAUGUGAAUAAAAUGCAUAUAAAUUACAUUUACAAAAGUGAAGUUCUAGUUAUUAGGAUGUAAGGAAAUGAAAAGCUCUAUGUUAAAGGAUCUUUGCCAUAGUUCAGCUGAUUAUAGCUUUCUAUAGAAAUUAUCCUGAGCAGUCUGAGCUUUAUGUAGUGCCUGCAGUGAUGUUUUAUCUACAGUAUUGGUACCUUCAGAAAUGUCAGAUCCCCCAGGAGGAGCUAAAGCAUAGCCAGAGUCAUCUCAGCAUGUGCAUUACAAAAGAUGUUCCAUGAAAUUUUUGAUUAAAUAAUGACUAAACAUACUGGGUCCACAAUUAUUGUAAAAUUAAUUCAUGUGCCAUAUUCCACUUGAAAGGCUGACUUUUAUCUUCAUGUAACUUUCAUGUGGCUCUUCCUGUCCAGAAACUGAUUUAUAACUGUCAUUUAUAGAAUGUUCUGGCAUCAGUUUUUAGUGUAUGUAGUAUUUAAACAGAGCAGCAGUCUGAUAGUUGAAGAUAGUGCUGUGUUUCAAAGUUUGUUGUGUUGAUUGUAAAAUAAAUUAUACCUAUUGUAUAACCAACUCA